AUGGUUCACUGUAACCUGCUGCUGGCUGCUUGGCUGUGUUCGCUCCUGACUCUGGUGGCUCAGGUCCAGAGCUGCCCAGAUACCUGCAGGAUUUGCUCUGGGCCAGAAAACACACUGUGUCUGGAAUGUGAAGCUGGAUUUACACUCCAUGAUAACACCUGUGUAGACAUUGAUGAGUGUGGCACCGAGCUGGGAAUGUGUACCCCAAACAGCUACUGCUUUAAUAUCGAGGGUUCAUAUGAGUGCAGAGACUGUGACCGGGCCUGUGUGGGCUGUAUGGGUAGCGGGCCCGCACGCUGCAGGAAAUGUGCUCCUGGGUACAGACAGACAGGGGCCAAGUGUUUGGAUGUGGAUGAGUGUAGUGACAGAGUGCUGCCCUGUCCUGGCCUGGAUGAGAUCUGCUCCAACACUGAAGGCUCUUUCCGCUGCGACUGUGCUAAAGGAUUCAUCCGCAGAGACAGAGUCUGUGUGACGAAACAGCGGUCUGGUGUUGAGGAGAAAGGCUUGUUUGAGGACAUCCAGGACGAGGAGGUGGAGGUUCUGCAGCAGAUGUUCUUCGGGGUGUUGCUUUGCGCUCUGGCCACUCUGGCUGCUAAGGGAGAUUUGGUCUUCACAUCUAUAUUCAUGGGAGCGGUGGCAGCCAUGGCAGGAUACUGGCUUUCUGACAGGGGAGACCGCUUUCUGGACAGUUUCCUGAAGGGACGUUAGAGCUGCAAGCUAAGUUUUCAACAAGAACACAUUUCAUCUUACUGUGUGGCAGAUGCACACAUGGAGGUGUCAGUCAAUGAAAGUGUGAGACCACAGACCUUGUACAGCUCUCUUCUGACAGUUUUAAGACUUUUUUCAACAGCACCUAGCACCAUCAGGAGUUUACUUAGUUUGAGAUUUUCUAGCACUUGACACCUCGGUUCUUGAACAGUUACAAGACAAUACUGGUGCAGUCACAUUUUUAUGGAAAAAGAUGAGUCGCUAAUGUGAAAAAACUCAUGAAAUGUCACUCUGCCAUGCCUGUAAGGUAAUUUAUGACAUGACAAUCCCUUGAAACACCACAUUUGUGUAUGAAAUACUGACAUAUUGUACAACAACAUUAAAUUUUCUUGUCAUAUUUUAAGACACAUUACAUACAAUAGUUGAACUUGCACUGAACAGGACCUGUAAAAUAC